UCAUCACCUGCAUUCGAAUCUGGGUUGAUUUCUCGUCUGUUCAUACUUCCUCCGGAUCGGAAAAAGGAGAAAGGCCAGCCUUCUCUCCUUCGUCUUGGCUCCAGCGACUCCAUCCUAUAGGGGCGCAAGGAGAUGCUCAAAUUCCUCAAAGGUGUCGUUGCCGGAUCCGGCGCUGGCGUCAAGGACCUCCCCUAUACCAUCGGCGAGCCAUACUCCACCGCAUGGGGCUCCUGGACUCACUACCGUGGCACCUCCAAGGAUGAUGGGUCGGCUGUUUCCAUAUUUUCUCUUUCAGGGAGUAAUGCUCAAGAUGGCCACUUGUCUGCUGGUCGCAAUUGUGUUAAACGAUUACGUACUGUCAGACAUCCAAAUAUCUUAUCCUACCUUCAUAGUACGGAGACUGAAGCUUUUGAUGGGUCCUCCACCAAAAUUACAAUUUAUAUUGUAACUGAGCCUGUUAUGCCACUCUCUGAAAAGAUAAAGGAACUAAAAUUGGAAGGUACACAGAGGGAUGAGUAUUAUGCAUGGGGACUCCAUCAAAUCUCUAAAGCUGUGAGCUUUUUAAAUAAUGACUGCAAACUUGUCCACGGUAAUGUGUGCUUGGCCAGUGUCGUUGUAACACAAACAUUGGACUGGAAGCUGCAUGCCUUUGAUGUCCUCUCAGAGUUUGAUCAGAAUAAUGAAGCUUCAAACAGGCCAAUGCUGCAAUUUGAGUGGCUUGUGGGGUCACAAUACAAACCUAUGGAGUUAGCAAAGUCAGACUGGGCUGCAAUUAGAAAAUCACCUCCAUGGGCUAUUGAUUCAUGGGGGCUGGGCUGCUUAAUUUAUGAGCUCUUUACUGGUUUGAAGUUAACCAAAACAGAGGAGCUACGUAAUACAGCUCACAUUCCAAAGUCUUUGCUUCCAGAUUAUCAGAGACUUUUGAGUUCUAUGCCUUCACGCAGAUUAAAUUCUUCAAAGCUAGAUAACAGUGAAUACUUUCAAAAUAAAUUAGUUGAAACCAUACAGUUCAUGGAAGUAUUGAACUUAAAAGACAGUGUUGAGAAAGACGCCUUUUUCCGUAAGCUGCCAAACUUAGCUGAGCAGCUUCCCCGGCAGAUAGUGUUGAAAAAGUUGCUUCCAUUGUUGGCUUCUGCCCUAGAAUUUGGGUCAGCUACUGCUCUUGCCUUAACAGCUUUGUUGAAACUGGGUUCCUGGCUUUCAACUGAUGAAUUCAAUGCCAAGUUAUUGCCAGCUAUUGUGAAACUUUUUGCCUCUAAUGACCGAGCAAUUCGAGUUGGACUUUUGCAACAUAUAGAUCAAUUUGGAGAAUCAUUAACAGCCCAAAUUGUAGAUGAGCAGGUUUUCCCUCAUGUUGCCACUGGUUUUUCUGAUACAUCUGCCUUUCUUCGAGAACUGACACUGAAGUCCAUGCUUGUUUUAGCACCAAAGUUGUCCCAGCGUACAAUUUCAGGAUCUCUGUUGAAGUAUCUGUCGAAGUUACAGGUGGAUGAAGAACCAGCUAUUAGGACAAACACCACAAUCCUUCUUGGGAAUAUAGCAAGCUAUUUGAAUGAAGGGACUAGGAAAAGAGUAUUGAUCAACGCGUUCACUGUGCGUGCAUUAAGAGACAAUUUUUCUCCAGCACGAGCUGCAGGAAUUAUGGCUCUGACUGCUACGAGUUCAUAUUAUGACAUGACUGAAAUAGCAACUCGCAUCCUGCCGAACAUUGUUGUACUUUCCAUAGAUCCAGACAGUGAUGUAAGAACAAAGGCGUUUCAGGCUAUUGAUCAAUUUUUGCUUAUAGCAAAGCAAUAUCAUGAAAAGCUUAAUACUGGAGAUACCAGUGGAAGUGCAAAUGAUGGAGCAUCAUUAAUACCUGGAAAUGCCAGUCUACUUGGGUGGGCCAUGAGUUCUUUGACACUGAAGGGAAAAGCUUCUGAACAUGCUCCAGUUGCAUCUGCAAAUUCUAAUACACCCAUUUCUGCCUCAAAUAACAGUUCAGAUACUCAAAACAACAUAGUGCCUGUGAGUUCCAGCAGUGACCCACUUGAUCAGCCUAGCCCUCCAUCUCCAACAUCUGUUGAUGGUUGGGGUGAACUUGAAAAUGGGCUUCAUGAAGAUCAUGAUAGUGAUAAGGAAGGAUGGGAUGACAUUGAUCCACUUGAGGAGCAGAAGCCACCUCCAUCACUUGCAAGCAUACAAGCUGCUCAAAAGAGGCCGGUCUUGCAACCAAAGCGAUCUACAACCUCAGCAAAACCUAAAACUACUUUGAAGACAUCAAAUGCGGAAGAUGAUGAUUUGUGGGGUUCUAUUUCUGCACCAGAACCAAAAACUGCUGCAAAAUCACUGAAUGUCAAGCCUGCAUCUUCACAGAAUGACGAUGAUCUUUGGGACACUAUUGCUGCACCACCGCCAAAAUCAGCCUCCAAGCCUCUGACUGCAAAGUCCAGUGCGGCUUUUGAUGACAAUGACCCUUGGGCAGCCAUUGCUGCUCCUCCUCCGACCACGAAAGCCAAGCCAUUGUCUUUAGGCAGAGGCCGUGGAGCGAAACCUGCUGUCCAAAAACUAGGCGCACAGCGAAUCGAUAGGACUUCCUCUUCUGGAAUGUAAAUUUGUCCCAAAACUUAUGUUGAGAGAGACACACUCUUUAAGAGAAGGUAUAGGUUUUUUGUUAUUGCCUCCAAAUUGGGCA